GAGAACGACCUCCCCGGACCGUUACCUCGAUGCUGUACGAAGGUGGAGUGACUUGGUGGUAGAGAGAGAGAGAGAGGGAGAGAGAUGAGGAGAGAGCGAGAGGAGCAGGGCAACAGAAGACAGAUGGAUUAUCUGACAUGCGCCUGGAUUGACCAGCGUUCCUCUUUAAGUCCUGAGUCCUGUUUUUCCUCCUCAGAGUGAAACCUGAAAAUGCUUCCCUGCACAUGUGGAGUGUAGCAGCUAUCGGACAGGUAGACUGUGUCGUGCACCGUUUUUUCUUCUCUUUUCUUUUUUAUCACAGAAGCUAAGGAGUUUUACACAUGGCAAGCUUUCUACCUGGAUGUCAGUGAAUCUAGAUUUUUAGGAUUUCUUUCUUCUUCUUUUUUUUUCUAAUUGAGCAACUGACUGGAAAUACAAGGUCCCACUGGAGCCAAGAAUAAUAGUCAAAACUUCACAGACAAUUUAGAAAGAAUUAGAAAACGGAAGCAAAGAGGAAAAACAGGGUUGUUACUGGAAUACACACACAUAGUAACUGGUGUAUUGUUUUUUACGGGACUUUAUUUAUUUUCCAAAAAAGACUUGGACUGCAGACUUUCCGAUCAUCAGCCUUAAAGCUUUCAACAGUGGAGAGAAGAACUCUGUGGAAUAUCAGCGUCAAACACAGCGACUUGUUGAACAGUCAAAAUUAAUUCAGAGGGAAAUCUCAGGAUUUCAUACAGGUGCUAAAUAAUUUGGACUCUGCAGGGGGACCAUCUCGUCAAGUCUGGACUGUGGAGGGCUCCCCUCCCUGCCCUCCCAGCCUAUCCUCGCCCCCAGCAGCAUGUCCCAGGCUCUGAGGCUGCCUCUAGUCCUCCACACAGCACACUACCAUGAUCAGAUGGGCUGCUGGAGGGAGUAAGGCUGCCUCUGCCUCGUCCUGCUCCAGGGCUGGGUUAGGGGCUCGUUCUGGUUCUGGAACAAGUUCCAAACCAAGGUUCUCAACGCUGCUUUCCUCCCUGUCUUUGCCUCUUCUGGUUGCCCUGGUGGUUUUCUCCUUCUCCCUACCCGGGGCGGCCUGCCAUCAGCUCCGCAGAGACAGACUGAGACUCGCCAACCCACGAACUCUCAGGGCUCCACUGAACAUUUCUGAGACUGAGGUCUUCUCUAGGCCCAGGGCCACCGGCGGUCCCCUGGGUCGGACUGGGGGACCGCAGGGUAGGCAUGUGCGCAGCUACAAUUAUCUCCAAGGGGACAUACGGAGGAGGAAGCUGUUCUCUUUCCAGAAGUUUUUCCUGAGGAUCGAUAAGAAUGGAAAGGUCAAUGGAACCAAGAGCAAGGAUGACCCCCUCAGUAUUCUGGAAAUCACAUCGGUGGACGUGGGAGUGGUGGCCAUCAAAGGGUUGAACAGCAACUACUAUCUGGCUCUCAGCAGGAAGGGAGAACUGUACGGAGCGAGAGAGUUCAGCGUCGACUGCACCCUGAAGGAGCGGAUUGAGGAGAACGGCUACAACACGUACGCGUCAGCGGAGUGGAGGAACAAGAAGCGGCAGAUGUUUGUGGGUCUAAAUGUCCACGGGAAGCCGCUGAGAGGGAAGAAAACCCGCAGGAAGAACACGGCCACCCACUUCCUUCCAAUUGUGGUGUGAACAGGAGAACUCAACUGGAGAAGGAGGACAUGCAGCACUGGACAGAGAGGUUUUCAAUACUGAAAAAAAAAAAAGCUGUAAAAUAAAGACAUUCCCUGAGAAAUCUCUCAAUUGGAAACAAGGCACUAACACUGUUACACAAAAAUCUGAUCUCUGCUCCCGACUUUGACUGAGGUUGUGUACUUUAUUUGGCGGGAGAGGAUGAAAUCUGUGUUUUCUGUGGCACGGGAUGCAAUAUUUAUCCUUCUUUUUCUGUGCCAAACAGUUUGCAACUGGAGUAUGUGUGUAAUGUGGACAACACAGAAAAUACUGUCCUAGCUAAUGAACUGUGGUAGAUGCAGAAGUAUCUCAAGAUGUUAUUUAUAAUCCAUAAUCUCCUGUGAGACACCAGAUAAUCUGCAACAUAAAGGGGAGAGAUAGAACACAGAUAAGAUGAGGGGAGUGAUCAGUCAGUUUAUCGUGACAGCAUUAAAUAAUAGAGGACACAACACAUUUAAAGCAAAUGUUUGAUACUUAACCACUGUGUUUUGAUUGUAAUGAUUUAUUUAUUUUGUGAAAUAUUUAACUGGAGGGGAACACUUACGAGGCAAGCAUUCCUUUGCAUUCUUUACUUUUUAUAGGAACUCUGUUA